AUGAAAGCUCUAUUAUAUUCUGGAGAGCUCCUGGCCUCCAGAAUUGGCAAGUGGGCCAGGAAUGGCAGGAUCUCCUGGCCCCAGAAAGGUUUUAUGGAGCACGAGGGGUGCUAUGAGCACAACUUCGUGGUCCGAUCAGCCAUCGAUGACGCCAGAAGGGGAGGGAAAAGAGUCGUGCUUGCAUGGCUUGACCUCUCCAAUGCCUUUGGGUCUGUGCCGCACAGCUACCUCUUGCAUGCGCUUCAGAUGCAUGGGAUGCCCCAGAAAUUGAUUGACGUGGUGAGUGAGCUUUACCACGGGGCAACCACGAGAGUCCGCACGUCACAAGGCUUUACCGGUCCUAUACCAAUGGCGGCAGGGGUGAAGCAGGGCGAUCCGCUCAGCCCUAUUCUCUUUAACCUUGCCAUUGAGCCAGUGGUCAGGGCAGUACAUAGUGCUGCUGAGUCGGACGGGUAUCGUCUUGGUGGACGCCACUUCUCUGUCGUGGCAUACGCGGACGAUCUGGCUCUGAUUGCGUCGGGCGAGGAGCAGAUGCGCAGGCUCCUGAGGACGGCGGAGGAUGUCGCUGCCUGGGCUGGCCUAAGGUUUAACCCCAGGAAGUGCGCAAGCCUCGAGGUGGAUUGCCGCAACCGCAGGCGAGUCCUGGCGACCGAGUACGAGAUCGGUGGUGCUCCUAUGGUGUGUCUGAAAGAGGGCGAGGAGUACCGUCAUCUCGGGGUGCCAACAGGAUUCAAAGUUGACCAGACACCAGAACGUGACAUUGCCAGAAUGGCCGAAGAUGUCAAGAAGAUUGAUGAGAGUCUUCUGGCACCUUGGCAGAAGUUGGAAGCCGUGAGGAUGUUCAUACUCCCUCGGCUAGACUUCAUCAUGAGAGGAGCCAUGGUGGCCAAGACCCCACUGAAGAAGCUCGACAAUGACGUGAAGAGAAUGGUGAAGAAGUGGCUCUACCUUCCACAGCGAGCCAGUGCUGAGGUGGUCUAUCUGGGUGUGGCAGAGGGAGGGGCCGGAAUGUUCCCUCUGGCAGACCUAGUUGACAUAUCCUCCGUGGCCCAUGCCUUCCGCAUGGUCACGUGUACUGACCCUGUGGUGAAAGACCUGGCUAGAGCUACUCUUUCGCAUGUCGCCAGAAAACGCCUUGGGCGUCCCGUUUCCCUUGACGAGGUUGCCGACUACUUGUCCGGUAGGUUGGACGGUGACUUUGCCAGGGAUGGAGGUGACAUCGGUUCUCUGUGGACUGAUGCGAGGAAUGCCGCCGGUAGGCUCCAAAAGAAAAUCGGAGUCUACUGGAAGUUUGACCAUGACAGGGAGGAGUUCCAAAUUCGAAUUCCCUCGCCUGACGGCACUUCCGGUCCAGUCAUUGUCCCAGAAGAAGCAAGGGGCCAUCUCUUUUCAAGACUCAAGACUGCCAUGAGGCUCAAGUUGAAGAAGACACUCACUAGGAAGCCUGAUCAGGGGAAGGUUUUCGACGUGGCUUGCCGAUGCCGUGAUUCAAAUCAUUUCAUCCAGGCCGGCAAGUUCACUCGAUUUGCCGAUUGGCGCUUUAUUUUUAAGGCUCGCCUCGGCACCGUCCCUCUGAACGGUUGCAGGCGUUGGGGCGAAGGCGAUAGGAGGUGCAGGCGCUGUGGUGAGCAGGCAGAAACUCUGCCUCACGUGCUGAACCACUGCCAGCCGACCAGUGAGGGCUGGAGAAAGCGCCAUGAUGCAGUACUCCAUCGCUUAGCCGAAUCAAUCCCGGAAAGGACCGGAACCACCAGGGUUGACCUGACCGUUCCCGGUGUCGAGAGUACCUUGAGGCCCGACCUGGUCGUCACGAACGAGCGGGAAAAGCGCAUCCACUUGGUGGAUGUGGCUAUCCCGUUCAAAAACAGGUACGGGGUGCUAGCUGACGCGAGACGACUCAAAAUUGAGAAAUACCGUCAGCUAGCUGAUGAACUUCGCCUCAAGGGAUACUCUGUCACCCUGGAUGGGUUCAUCGUGGGUUCCUUGGGAUCCUGGGACAUGGCGAACGAGCGAGUGUUAAAACUGUUGAACAUCUCCUCGCGCUGUGCCCAGGCCAUUAGACGCCAGAUGGUCUCUGAUGUGAUCAUGUGGUCACGAAACAUCUACGUGACUCAUAUCACAGGCCAUCGGCAACUGUGCCAUCUACGAGUUCAGCAGCAGUGUAAUGAUGUGUCGUGCCUUCGGCUGCUCAUGCGGACAAGGCCGGAGCGGUGCAGGAUGCAGGUAAAGUGUGCCGUUGGCUGCUCAUGCGGACAAGGCCGGAGCGAUGCUGGAAGUGCCCAUGGCGAGAUGUCACUCUCUCAGCGUAUGAUUGCGGGGAAGACUGUCAAACUGCCGUUGCUACUGGAGAUGAAGGUCAUUACUUCAUAG